AAAAAAUGUAACAGAUCAGAUAUAAAGUUGUUUCGAGACUAACUUUCAGUACUCCCAAUACUCCAACCAGCAGCCACUCCAAUUUGUCCUAUCAGCCUGUUUCCCAGUGUGAUUGGCCCGUUGAAGGCUCAACAUGUGCGCUUGCCCUUGUUCAGGAAGAAGUCUACCACCUCAGAGCAACAACCCUGAUUCUUGCCCAGCUCCUGGCUCACGGGGCGGUCCAGGUGCUGGUGGAGGUGCCCCUGGUGCCGGUGGAGGCGGCCCAGGUGGUCGUGGAGGGGGCCCGCCCCAAAAGCGUGGAACGUGUGGCCCCAAACCUUGCGGCGGACAGCAGUGCAAUAAAUGCGGUAAGGGAGGCCCUGGAGGAAGAGGUGGCCCUGGAGGAAAAGGUGGUGGCCCUGGAGGAAGAAAUGGCCCUGGAGGUAGUGGUGGUCCCGGAGGCAGAAAUGCUCCCAAUGGCGGUGGUGGAGGCGGAGGAGGACCUUUUGGGCUGAGUGCCCCACCAAACAAUCGCGGACCCAAGGCUCUGGGACUGGCUGCUCUGCUCUUUGCCGUCGGCGUCUACCUUACAUUAAAAAUGGUUAUUGUGGCCAGUGAAAUUGGAUGAGCGCAGACAGGACGGCAUUGGGCCCGGCUCAGAUCUCCAAUGCGGAGUAAGUUUAAGAGCAUUUAAGAGGCGUUGCGUUGGGUAAAAUAAAUUCGAAAUUGCGUAUUUAGCCU